UGGCCGCGUGUGUAUGUGUAUGUGAUGUUCAAUGGGUGUAGUGAAUAAUUUUCGUGAAAUUAACCUCCGCGAAUAAGUGUAAUCAUGUGUGCCCAAGUGUUAGUCACUCCUUCUUAAAUAAUGAAGCUCCAGACCCGCUCCCGUACCUCCCGGAUGUGUUAAAUUAUGCAAACAAAGCGGAACUCGAACCAUGGCAAAUCAAGUUAACUAGGCACAUGGUACAGUAAUUGCGCUUAAUACAGCGGUACCAGUUUAAUAAACCAAAAGAUGCCUACACUGUCGGCCCGCCACCAGCCGCCGGAACAGCAGGAACUAGUCGAGCUGGAGAGUCCCGCGUUUGCGAUCGUCUCGAGCGACCACCAUUCGUACCGGGCGAGCAGCCUCGGCAAACCGAACGCGAUCGUACGCCCGCUGCGACACGGCCGCGACCAGCGCGAGGUGAUCGAGGGCCAGCACAUUGUGCAUAACCUGCACCCGGACUACAAGCUGCUGCACGAGAUCGAGACACAGCUGAGUCGGCAGAACGGUCGAAAUAGGGAAAACAACGCACAGAACAACAGCAACGGUAAAGGUGAUCGUGCUGGUGAUCGUGGUGGUGAUCCGGCGAAACAGGAGCAGGUAGUACGCGGCAACGGCCACUACGCACCGGGUGGUGCGAUCGAGAUCGAAAAGACGACGCAUCAGCAACAACAGCCUCAUGCACAUCAUCGUGGCCAGCAGCAUGAGUUUAGCCGCGAGCUGGACGCCAAGCUGAGAAAGCUGCAGAACGAUUCGUCGAAGCGAUCGUCCAAAAAUGGCAGCACGCAGGAGGUAAACACCAGAAAGCGUCCCCUCUUCAUCACAACCGUCCCGAAGGGGGUGUUCCUGCAGCCGACCAAAGAGCUGCCGGCCCUGCUGCCCGGCUCCAGCCAGCGACGGCUGUACGCGUUCGAGAGCCGUCCCCGGAUCCUGACGGCACCCAGCCUCAGUAGCAACCACCACCCACAUCACCAGCACAACAACAACAACAACAACAACAACGACAUCAAUCAUCCGAACCACAACCAUCCAGGCGAGUACGUCUGCAAGCAUGGCAGCCACCAUUACGGGAAGCCGAUUGCGCCAAGGAUAUCCCAUCUGCCGCCCGGGGAGGCGGAAACCGUCCGCAAGGUGACGGUGGCGGACCUGCAAUCGAUUGUGGCCAACAGUGGCCACCAGCAGCAGCAGCAGCGCCCACACCAACGCGCGGCAAGAGACCAACAGCAGCAACAGCAGCAGCAGCAAAAUGGAGCCUAUCAGAAUGUGAUGCAUGAUCGACGUGUCGUCCGGGGCAGCAAUUAUACCUCAACGAGCAAUUUGCAAGUGGGCCAUGUUAACAACUCCCCUAACAUGCCCCGGUGGAAUCCGUAUUUCGGUUACGCUGGUCUUCUAUCAGGAAAGGGUGAUGGCGACGGUACGCAGAAGGAGGCCGAAGCGCGCCGCCGCCAGCUGCUGCGCAAGAAGUACGUUUCGCGCAACCAGCGUGGCAUCAUCGGUACACCGCCACCGGUUCGCGGCCGGCGGCAUGAAACCGUCCAGACCGAGAAGUAUCUUGAGGAGCUCUUCCUGCAUCCGCCCGAGCUGGAUGCCGGCUGCCAGACGGACCUGUUCCUGCACCGCGCCCCAUCGCCACCGUACGUGCCGGCCAAGACGGGCUGUGACGCGGCGACCGAAAUCCUUGACGGCGAGCUGUUCGAUUUCGACACCGAGGUGCAGCCGAUAAUCGAGGUGCUGGUCAGCCGGACACUCGAACAAGCGCUGGUGGAGGUGCUACACGAGGAAGAGAUUGCCGAGAUGAAGCAACAGCAGCAGAAGAUACUGGCGCUGCGCGAAGCCGAACUGGCCGAGCUGCGCCGGCUCGAGCAGGAGGAGCAGAAGCGACAGACCGAGCGGGACCGACGCUUCCUGCAGGACAAGAUUGCGGCCGAUCUGGACCGCGAGAUGCAGGAGCGCAUUACGGCGGCGAAGCUGCUGCAGGGCCGGCUGGACGAGAUCGUGCCGGAGGUGCUGGCCGCCGUCGACCGGAUCGAGACGGAGAAGGAUCGGGCCGAGUUCGAGCGGCAGAUUACGCCCUGGCUGGCGAAGGAGGUGGCGCACGAGAUUGGCCAGUGGAUCGAUGCGAACGCGCUGCUAGAGGACAUUAUUCGAGAGAUUUUGCUGCACAAAAAGAAGCUCCUGCAGGGCGACACUGCAAACGACACUGCCGAACAGCCACAGUACGAUGAGGUUGAUCCGGACGAGGAGGUGGAAGCCGAACCGGAAGCUGCCGGGGCAGUUGACGAGGAAGCGGACGAAGACCCGGAACAGGUAGAAGCGGUGCCGGAGGAGGAAGCGCCGCCGGCGGAGCAGGAAGCUCAAAACGGUGAUUCCGAGAAAGCAAUGUGAUAUGGUGUUUGGUGUGCGCUGGCCGUUAGUUGCGGCAUGGAUGGUGUAACGAUUUGUCUGUAAAAAGAAGAAGAAGAAGAAGAAACAUGUUCACAAUGCUAGAAAAAGCAGUUGCAGUGGUGUGUGGUAAAUUCUGCCUAGGCAUCGGACCACAAAGCCAUGCAUCGACAAAACCCAUUACUUGUUAGUUGACGAAUCUUUGGAAAUGUGUAAUAAACUACUUCUUUGUUUCAGUCCAUCCUA